AUGUCUUCAAUAGAGUCUUUUAAUUAACUACAUUAUAUACAGGUGGAGAACCUAAAUAAGUAUAUGAUUAUUUAGAUGUUACUAUGUGUGAUAAAAAUAAAUCAGUUAAAAUAAGAGAAACUAUAGAAGGAAAAGCGUUAGAUACAGAAGAAAGAAUUGAAAGGCUGCAAGAUGGCGAAGCCUCGGCGAGUACAACAAAUAUCGGAAACUUCUUUGGACGUAUACAUCCCCUCUUUUCCUGGUUCACCACGAUCCCUUGAUUAUGGGUCUGAAGCCUCGAAUGAUUCUGAAUUUGAAGAAUACCAGCACGAUCUUCGGUUAAAAGAAGCUAUAGAAUUCCUUCACGCAGACAAGGACCUACUCAUCGCUGCCGAAACUGGCAAUGAUCAACAUAUCGAGAUGAUUUUAAGGAGGACAGAUAUACAUGUCCAACAAAUGGACCACCUGGGAAGAAAUGCACUGCACCUUGCAGUUUGUUCCGAUAAUCUGAGAGCUAUAGAAUUAUUACUGAAUGGUGGAGUUAGGGCCAAUGUUAAGGAUAGCGUCGGAAUGACUCCGCUUUCGUUGUGUUUGAUGCGCAGACCGUCGUUGACUGUGGCCAAGCUACUUUUUGAUUAUGGGGCUAAACUUAUGCCACGAACGGAUCCUAUGGACACGGGACUGUUUAUUCAAUUUGUCAUGAUGUCAACACCGACAAACGAAGAAGAGAACAUAAUGGAGCUUCUUAUACAAAAAGGUGCUCUUGUUAACGAUCCCGAUGCUCCAGGAGGCCGGCAGCCUCUGCAUUUUGCAGCAAUGAGCAACAACUGUACUCUUAUACGUAUUCUCGUGAACUUAGGAGCAAGCUUGCAUUUAACUAAUCACAGAAAUGAAACGCCAAAAGAAGUGGCAGCUACGUUUGACUGUAAAGAUGCAUAUAAACUUUUGAAUGAACUCGAGUUAGAAAAUAUGCUGCCUGUGCAAUAUAAAGGACGAUAGACAAGUCUAUUUUAAAUGACAAUUUACUACGAUAAGAUUAGUGCCUGGGUUAGUUAUUCCCUUUGACUCG